AGUGCGCCUGCGUGCCAACGGUCCCACUCUUCCCGCUACCGCGGUCCCCCCUUUUCCCCUUCCCUCCUCACCUUCCCAACCCCCCCCAUCCUUCCUCUCCCUUUUCCCUCCCCCCAACCCUUCCCUGGACUCCAGGCUUCUCUUUAGGGCACCUCCCCCAAGCUCAAGCCCUCAGUGUCUUCCCCGGUCCCCCCUUCUCCCUUCCCCUCCCUCUCUCCCUUCCCCUCCCUCUCUCCCUUCCCCUCCCUCUCCCCCUUCCCCUCCCUCUCCCCGACUCCCUCCCCCUCCCUCUCCCUCUCCUUCUCCCUCCUCCUUAAGACCCUGGCUCCUCAGCCGCUCGCUCGGCGCUUCAGGGACUCCCGAUGUGUGUCCCCCCAGUCUCAGCCCCGGAGCUCGGGCUGGUGGGCCUCACUGCCCUCCUUCCCCUCCCUUGCCGCCCUCCCCUCCGUGUCCUCGCAGGCUCCCCAGUCUUUCAAGAUGACUCUGGACGUGGGGCCGGAGGAUGAGCUCCCCGACUGGGCCGCAGCCAAGGAGUUCUACCAGAAGUACGACCCCAAGGAUGUCAUUGGCAGCAAUACUUAUAACAAGAAAUAUAAAGGGGAAAAGAAAGUUCAGCAAAACUAAACCAACAUGCCAGCCAAGUCCCACAUUCUGUACAAUGCCUGCCUCUGCAAACAAGGGGGAAGGGGCAUAAGUUCUGUGGUCAGGCGUUGUGUUCACCGUGCUACUGGACAGGAGUUUGCCGUGAAGAUCAUGGAGGUUACUGCUGAAAGGUUGAGUCCCGAGCAACUGGAGGAGGUGCGAGAAGCAACCCGAAGAGAAACCCAGAUCCUGCGCCAGGUUGCUGGCCACCCCCACAUCAUCACCCUCAUCGAUUCCUACGAGUCUUCUAGCUUCAUGUUCCUGGUGUUUGACCUGAUGCGGAAAGGAGAGCUGUUUGACUACCUCACAGAGAAGGUUGCUCUCACAGAGAAGGAGGCCAGGUCUAUCAUGCGGUCUCUGCUGGAGGCUGUGAAUUUUCUUCAUGACAACAACAUCGUACACCGUGACCUAAAGCCUGAGAAUAUUCUCCUAGAUGAUAACUUGCAGAUUCGACUUUCUGAUUUUGGUUUUUCCUGCCACUUGGAACCUGGCGAGAAACUUCGAGAAUUGUGUGGGACCCCAGGAUACUUGGCCCCAGAGAUUCUGAAGUGCUCCAUGGAUGAAACCCACCCUGGCUAUGGCAAGGAAGUUGACCUCUGGGCCUGUGGGGUAAUCCUGUUCACACUCCUGGCUGGCUCUCCCCCAUUCUGGCAUCGACGCCAGAUCCUAAUGCUAAGACUGAUCAUGGAGGGCCGAUACCAGUUCAGGUCACCAGAAUGGGAUGACCGAUCGGCAACUGUCAAAGACCUGAUCUCAAGGCUGCUCCAGGUGGAUCCUGAGGAAAGACUGACUGCAGAGCAGGCCCUGCAGCAUCCCUUCUUCCAGCGCUGUGAGGGUAGCCAGGCCUGGAGCCUUUCUCCCCUCCAGCGAUUCAGGGUAGCAGUAUGGACAGUGUUGGCUGCAGGCCGAGUAGCCUUGAGCACUCGCCGGGUAAGGCCCAUGAGCAAGGGAGCUCUUUUAGGAGACCCAUAUGGGCUUCGACCAGUGAGGCAACUCAUUGACAGUUGUGCCUUCCGCCUCUAUGGACACUGGGUAAAGAAGGGUGAGCAACAGAACAGGGCUGCCCUCUUCCAACACCGGCCUCCUGGCCCAUACUUGGGCUACAAUCCAGAAGAGGAGGGAGAUCCAACCAACGCUGAUGAUGAAUCUAUUGUUGCAUAGUUAAGACCUCCAUCCUGGGGCUCCCAGAAGUCUGCUUCCCAGCCCAAGAGCCUUGGGAAGUCCAGGUUUCCCAAUCUGAGGGCUUCAAUACACUCGGUCACCUUGGACUCUGGCCGAAGGCAUUCUUCCCUUCUCUUGUGCUCUCUGGUAAUGAUGCUACUGUAAAGGGGACCAGCUCUAUGCCCCCAUCCCUGUUGCUCAGGACUACAGGACUUGAAUGGAAGGAAAAGGGACCAGCUGAGGGUGAUAUUCACAUCUUUGCUGUUGCUGUCCAUUUUUCAUGUGAAAUAAAUCAUCCUGCACACUGGGAAACAA